AAACCAUCUGUGAUAGCACUGGGGCGAUUAACAAACGUUGGUUUAAUACUCGGCAUGUGUUAAAGCAAAAUUGUCUUGAAUAAAUGUAAUCCUGAGUAAUGGACCGUCACUCUACACGCACAAAAUAGGUCCGUUAUUAAUGAGGCUACAAGAUGAUGGGUAAGCCCAUUGAACACUUUUAGUGCAUGACCACAACAAUGAAAGGGGAUGUGACUUUAGCACUGACGGUGGUCUGUACUGCGAUCGGUGGUACUUUGCAGUACGGCUACAAUAUUGCUAUCAUUAAUGCUCCUACAACGCACAUUCAGAAAUUCAUUAAUGACACUUGCUGGGAGCGCUGGUCUGUGUCACUUGAGCAAAGUCACUUAACACUGAUAUGGACAGUCAUCAUCUCUGCCUUUUCCCUGGGUGGUCUAUUUGGCGCAUUACUUGCUGGGCCCAUGGCGGUCCGGUUCGGUCGUAAAGGUGGUCUCUUGUUAAACAACAUUUUUUUGUUCUCAAGUGCUCUGUUUGCGCUGACCAGUCGUACUGCUCAUUCCUUUGAGAUGAUCAUACUCGCUCGGCUGCUUGUGGGGAUCAACGCUGGUGUGAGUAUGAACGUGCAGCCCAUGUACUUCGGCGAGAGCGCGCCUAAGCAUCUGCGUGGAGCUGUCACCUUCUCCUCUGCCGUGUUCACCGCAUUUGGCAUCAUGCUCGGGCAGGUGGUUGGCCUGACUGAAGUGCUCGGAUCAGACUCCUGCUGGCCCUACCUGCUAGCCAGUAAUGCUCUUCCUGGGCUGUUCCAAGUCCUCACCCUGCCCUGGUUCCCUGAAAGCCCGCGGUUUCUGCUCAUCGACAAGGGAGAUAAGGAAGGCUGCAGCCAGGCAUUGAGGAGGCUCCGUGGGUGCAGUGUCUCCGAGGAGGAGAUGGAGGAGAUCCUCCAGGAGCAGGAGCUGGCCGCAGGUGCUCAGGCACGCUCCCUCUGGGGCUUGCUGUCCGACCGAAACCUGUGGCGGCAGCUCCGAAUUAUCAUGGCCGCCAGCAGCGCUAUGAUGCUUUGUGGCAACGACUCCAUCUACUUCUACGCCUCCUACAUCUUUCAGGAGGCCGGCAUUCCCACAGGGAAGAUCCAGUACAUAACAAUCGGCACGGGCGCCUGUGAGCUGACCGCCUCUAUCAUGUGCAACCUACUCAUAGAGCGCACAGGCCGCCGCCGGCUCCUCAUGGGUGGGUAUGCGAUGAUGUCAGGCUGGGCGGUGGUCUUCACCAUGGCCCUCUGCCUGCAGGGCAAGGUGCCAGGCAUGCCCUACUUAAGUAUGCUGUGCAUCUUCGCCUACAUCCUCAGUUUCGGCAUGGGCCCUGCCGGGGUGACUGGUGUGCUGCCCGCUGAGCUCUUUGACCAGAUGGUGCGGCCUGCCGCCUACAUGGUGGCUGGUUCACUCAUGUGGCUCAACCUCCUCCUGGUGGGCAUGGCCUUCCCGUUCAUCGUUGGCAACCUAGGACAGUUCUGUUUCCUUCCCUUCUGUGGCAUCUGCGUGCUGGCCUGUCUCUUCAUGUACUGGAACCUUCCGGAAACUAAAGGUCGGUCUCUGGCUGAGAUCACUGCCGAAUUUGAUAAGCGCGGCAGUGCAGAAGCCAAAGGAUCAGAAGGUAGGCUUCUGGCCGAGAUCACUGCCGAGUUUGAUAAGCACGGCAGUGCAGAAGCCAAAGGAUCAGAAGGUAGGCCUCUGGCCGAGAUCACUGCCGAGUUUGAUAAGCGCGGCAGUGCAGAAGCCAAAGGAUCAGAAGGUAGGCCUCUGGCCGAGAUCACUGCCGAGUUUGAUAAGCGCGGUAGUGCAGAAGCCAAAGAGCCAGAGGAUAAAGGUGAACAAGGACAAUCAAAUCAAGAGGAGGCCCACCAACUCAGAGAUCUUAGAUCAGGGGAAGAACCAGUGGAGAUUAAUCAUGUACAUGUGUGAAGGUUGAUUCCCACUCACACAGGUAUCUUUCCUGUUGUGAAGGCAAUCAUUUGUUGUUGUUGUUAAAGUGCUGUCCUGAUCUGAAUGGCUAUCCUUAUGCAAAGAAGUUAAAUUACUGAAUGACUUGAAAAUGCUGCAUGGACUAUUCUCUGAAGUUCAAGAUAUUUUCAGAGUUAGGGUUUUAAAUUAAAUUUGUUUAUUUAUUUGUUUAUUUAUUAAUUUAUUUAUUGAUUGAUUUUAACAAGGAUAUAUCUCAGAUGCUUGCCUUUUGUGUAUAUUUAAAAUGUCUUUUGAAGGAAUCUAUCUCUAUUUUUAUGCACAUCUGUAAUACAGCGCUUGAUUACCUCUAUUUUUAUUGUUUUAUUCUUGAAAAAGAAGUAUUUUAUUAUAUCACAUGAGUAUGCUGGUUUUAUAAUUCCUGCAUGUAUGUAUCAUAAAAGCCAAAUAGUAUUGUGUUUCUCUAUAAUGACGUCACUGUGAGCCUAAUUGACAGUCACAUCCAUACAUGCUGACUGCUGCUAUACCUGAACACUAGUCAGGGGACUUUACUUGAAUGCUGAGUGAAGUCUAUAAAGACUGAGCAAAACUGCCUGAUUAAGGCUACUGCACUGUUGGACUGAAUAUCAAAUUAAAAGCUAUAUUGCUAUGACGUUUC